AUGCCUCUUUCCGUGUCUCCACCAAAAGUAAUAUAUUGUAAACCAAAACCUUGGGGUGAACAAAGGUCUCGAGGUAAUCAACAUGAGUCAUCAACCGGAAAUGGUACACCAUCAAGUUCAGUAAAUAAUAGUCAUUGGUCUUCUUACAAUCAACGUCGCGAGCGUUUGGAACGACGUAAACAUGAACAGAAUUUGUCAACAUGGGGACCUAACCGACGUCGUGGAUCAUUAUCAACUGAUAACUCAACUUUGGCAUCUCCUCGACCUCCUAUCGAUUUGCCCUUAUCACAUCGGCAAGCUCGUAAUUUAAAUCACAAUCAAUAUAACGUCCCCACUUCUAUCAGCAAUACUCGUCAAUUGAUUUCUAAAAGAACUUCACCUCCACCUCAUUUUAAAUCACAAUUAUCAUCUCGCAAAUCGAGAGAUCCGAAAUUGAUUUACACUCCUCCCAUGUCUUCUUCGCCUCCACUUUCAGUACCUUCUAACUCAUUGACACCACCGCAAAAAUCUUCUUCAGUAUUAAAUACAAAUGGUCAAUCUUCUAUAAAGCAUACUGAGAAAACUCCCAUGAAAGUCACAAGAUCCACUAAAACAAACUUGGGCAAAAUGUUGGCUGGAGUGGUUAUGUUCAAUCGAAGUGUUAAAGUUGGUGGACAAGACAAUGGGGAAGGUGGUGGUAGUGGAGGCAACCAAAAUAAUUCCAGCAGUAAUAACAACGGAGAUAAUCCUGGAAAUGGAAACAAGGGUGACGGAUCAGGAAAAAGCGGUGACGGAUCGGGGGACAACGCUUCUCCGCGAUCACCGUUUGAGAAUAUCCAUAGAACUUUGCACAUUCUGGAAACAACUUUGCAAAGACCUUCUAUACCAGAGGUAUAUCCACAAGUUUUGGCUCUUCCUAUUGCUCGACGACCUCUUUUCCCUGGAUUUUACAAAGCUGUUGUGAUUAAAGAUCCACAUGUCACGGCUGCUGUAAAGGAAUUAAUGAAGCGUGGGCAACCUUAUGUUGGUGCAUUUCUACUUAAAGACGAAGAAUUAGAUGUUGAUACUAUUACAGAUAUUGCACAAGUGUAUAAAGUUGGUGUAUUUUCCCAAAUUACGAGUGUUUUUCCAGCUAACGGUGGUCAUGAUGAAAAUUCAUUGACUGCUGUCUUAUAUCCUCAUCGACGCAUUCGUAUAAAUGAACUUAUACCACCCUUACCAGCCAAUGUUUCUGAAGCUGAAAUAAUUUCCCAGCCAGCACAGCAAGCUCCUGAAGCGAGUGCUAAUAAAGAAUCUGAACCACAAUAUGCUACUUCUUUUCUUGAAGAUUAUAAUGUCUCGUUAGUAAACGUUGAAAAUCUCAAUGAUGAGCAAUAUAACAGAAAAAAUCAAGUAAUUCGAGCCAUAACAUCGGAAAUUGUGGCAGUUUUCAAAGAUAUAGCGACAUUAAACCCACUUUUCCGAGAUCAAAUUGCAAAUUUUUCUAUGUCUCAAUCCGCUGGUAAUGUUUUUGAAGAACCUGCAAAACUUGCUGAUUUUGCAGCUGCUGUUUCAACAGGAGAACCAAACGAAUUACAAGAAGUUUUGGAAAGUUUGGUUAUUGAGGAGCGUUUACAAAAAGCUUUACUUGUUUUAAAGAAAGAAUUAGUCAAUGCUCAAUUACAAAGCAAAAUUAGUAAAGAAGUUGAAUCUAAAAUUGCAAAGCGUCAAAGAGAAUAUUAUUUAAUGGAACAAUUGAAAGGAAUCAAAAAAGAAUUAGGGAUUGAAUCAGAUGGUAAAGACAAACUUAUUGAAAAGUUCAAAGAAAAGGCCGAUAAACUUGCUAUGCCUGAUAGUGUUAAGAAAGUAUUCGAUGAGGAAGUCAAUAAACUUGCUCAUCUAGAGCCCGCUGCUUCUGAAUUUAAUGUUACUCGUAACUAUUUAGACUGGUUGACUCAGGUUCCAUGGGGUCAGAGGUCUCCAGAGAAUUACAAUAUCAAACAUGCCAUGAAAGUUCUUGAUGAUGAUCAUUACGGACUACAAGAUGUAAAAGAUCGUAUAUUAGAAUUCAUUGCUGUUGGUAAACUAAGGGGUACUGUUGAAGGAAAAAUUUUGUGUUUUGUUGGUCCUCCUGGUGUUGGUAAAACCUCUAUUGGCAAAUCUAUUGCGCGAGCUCUGUCGCGACAGUUUUAUCGUUUUAGUGUCGGUGGUCUUACUGACGUUGCCGAAAUCAAAGGACAUCGUCGAACUUAUGUUGGAGCCAUGCCUGGUAAAGUUGUCCAAGCCUUAAAAAAGGUACAGACCGAAAAUCCAUUGAUUUUGAUUGAUGAAGUCGACAAAAUUGGUCGUGGGCACCAAGGUGAUCCUUCGUCAGCGCUUUUGGAACUCCUUGACCCGGAGCAAAAUUCAUCAUUUUUGGAUCAUUAUAUGGACGUUCCAAUUGAUCUUUCUAAAGUGCUCUUUGUUUGCACUGCUAAUGUAGUAGACACGAUACCUAUUCCUUUAUUAGAUCGUAUGGAAGUAAUCCACUUGUCUGGAUAUGUUGCUGAUGAAAAAAUUGCUAUUGCUUCAAAGUAUCUUGCACCGGCUGCCAAGGAAAUGGCUGGCUUGCAAAAUGCGGAUAUUCAACUACAACAAGAUGCUAUUGAGGCUUUAAUCCGAUCAUACUGUCGUGAAAGUGGAGUUCGUAAUUUAAAGAAACAUAUUGACAAAAUUUAUCGAAAAGCAGCUCUUAAAAUAGUUCGCGAUAUUGGUGAUGAGGAAUUACCAUCGCAAGAGCUUGAUAAUGUCGAAACUGAUACUUCCGAGAAAACUAAAUUAAAUGAUGGUGUUUCUAUAACUACUGAACCACGAAAACCUUUAAAUGUACCUGAUGAUGUUCAUAUUGAUAUUACUUCUGAAAAUUUAAAGGAUUAUGUUGGACCUCCAGUGUGGCAUUCAGAUCGUUUAUAUGAUCAAACACCCCCUGGCGUUGUUAUGGGGUUAGCCUGGACAAGCAUGGGCGGCUCUGCGCUAUACGUCGAAUCUAUUCUUGAUUCAAUUAUUUCUCCAACUUCAAAACCAUCCCUCUCUAAAACGGGACAAUUGGGAGAUGUAAUGAAGGAAUCCUCUACGAUUGCUUAUACGUUUGCUAAAAGUCUAAUGUCACAACAGUAUUCAGAAAACAGAUUUUUUGAAAGGGCUUCAAUUCACCUCCAUGUGCCUGAAGGUGCAACUCCAAAGGAUGGCCCUUCUGCUGGUAUUACUAUGGCAACAUCGCUUCUUUCACUUGCAUUAUCUAAAUCUUUAGAUCCAACUAUAGCAAUGACUGGUGAGCUCACUCUUACUGGUAAAGUGUUAAAAGUUGGUGGAAUCCGUGAGAAAGUGGUGGCAGCUAAGAGAUCUGGUGUGUCUAUUAUAAUAUUUCCAAAAGCAAAUACUAGCGAUUGGGAAGAGUUACCUGAGAAUAUUAAAGAAGGUCUUACGGGUGUCCCCGUCGCUAGUUAUGAUGAAGUUUUUAAUGUUGUUUUUGGUGCUAUUAGUAAAGAGUACGCAAAAGAGGUUUGGGAUUCGAUGCUUACAUUACAAUCGGUUGAAUCUGGAGGUAAAAAAGAAAUGGAAUCAAUCACGGAGGAAUUAUAA